AUGUGUGUGGUUCUGCAAUUGUCAUGGCUAAAGGCAAAUUUAAUGUCAUUUGAUUCUCUCUAUCGCUGCAUUAUCCUUCCUGUUGUUGAGAUUUUCAUUUCGGGUUUGGUUAAAUUGGACUUCUUUGAUCUACCCAUAUAUUUUCCUACAAUAGAUGAAGUUAGACAAGUGAUUGAAGAAGAAGAAGGAUCUUUUACCCUUGAAACAUUGAAGACGAUCAAAAUGGGUUGGGAUGCAAACCUUCAAGAGGAUGUAGAUUUUGUAGUUGAUAGCAAAAUGAAAGGAGAGUUGAUAGCCAAGUCCAUCAGAGCUGUUUUCGAAACUCUUUUAUCAGCUGAGUUUGGCGAAGAUAUUAUGGAUGAAUUAUUCUCCAGAUACGCAAAGCUGGUCGCCAAACUAGCCGAAUUGGAGACAUUGGAGCACACUAAUGUGGUAGUGUCCAUCACCAAAGAUCCUUGA